AUGAACCAGCUCAUCCUCAUCGCCUCGCUCAUUAGCUUUGCCGUCGCAGCGCCAACCGCUACCGGACAUCACGGUAAUGCCGUCAACUACGGAACUGGCGGCGGUAUCAUUGGAUUCCUCGUUCUCUUGCUAGACAUCUACAUCUUCCUUGAACUCUUCAAAUCCUCUCGUCCAGGUACUCACAAGCUUCUCUGGGCCCUUGCCGUCUUCUUCUUCCCUAUCCUUGGCGCAGCCCUGUACUUUUUGUUUGCAGACCGCGCCAAGUACAACAACUACUCCGCCAUCGAAGAAGUGUAA